AUGCACGACGAUGAGCCCUCGUUGAAUAUACCCUCUCUCCUCACCCUUGCGGUAGUGUCAUUCUUCGUCAUUCGAUGGUUCUUUAACCGCGACGACAGUCCCGCUGGUGCCAGUCGGCCCCGUGGACGUGGCAAUGCUGUUGACCCAGCCCAGGUCGAGCAGAUCUCCCAGAUGUUCCCCCAGUUGAGCACGCGAGACAUCAUGUGGGAUCUUCAGCGCAAUGGAGGCAGCGCUGCCGCGACUACGGAGAGGAUUCUAACUGGACGGGGACUUGAAACGCCGCCCCCCUCGUUCCAACCUCAGGUCGCAAUCCCUUCUACCAAUGCCACCGUUCCACAGGCUACGUCAACUGCCACCACCAAGGCUGAUGGACAGGACUUGAUAUCUCGGUAUAACCUCAGCUCGAAGAUUGUCAGUGAAAAGGACGCGGAGACUUCAACGGCUUCCUCGGCAAGCUCAUGGUCUCAGAACAAGGACGAGCGUCAACGCCUCCUACAAAAACGUCGUGAUGAGAUGAUUCUUGCGGCGCGGAGAAAGAUGAUGCAGAAGAACCAGGAUAAUCCCCAAUAG